AGCCAUACGGCACCGUUUACGCUUACUCCCUUGACUAUCAAAUGCAAAACUGUUGCGUGUUGCCGUAGAAAGGCCCGAACCAGUGUCUUUCUUACUUCUCCCGCCGCCUUAUCUCAGCAGCCCAAGCGCGGGAAACGGCCGCCGGCUGCCUCAUCCACCGCAGAUGUUGAAGCUAUUGGCUGGCCGGACAAUGGUCUCUGUGACUUCUGUGCUUCCAUCUCUCUUCUUUCCAAAACCCUUUUCCUGCUUUACAACAAUAAAACUGCUUCCGCCCAAUUCUUUGUCCCUCGCGUCUCCUUCGUCUUCCAGACCACGGUUCUACUCCUUAGUUUCGCAAAUUUCAAAUCAAAGGGGUAAUUGUAAUGGAGCCAGCUUUGAUCCAUACUAUUUAUCUUGCUGUAUGCCUGAAAAGCGCCUCAGAGUUGCUGUUCUGCUCAGUGGGGGAGUGGAUAGCAGUGUCGCCCUUCGGCUUCUCCAUGCCGCCGGCCAUGAAUGUACUGCCUUUUACCUCAAAAUCUGGUUCCAGGAAGACUUUGAGAACUUUUGGUCAGAGUGCCCUUGGGACGAGGAUUUGAAGUAUGCAACAGCUGUUUGCGAUCAGGUUGAUGUACCAUUAGAAGUUGUGCAUUUGACUGAUGAAUACUGGAAGAAUGUGGUGUCUUACAUUAUUAAGGAGUACCAAUGUGGUCGUACUCCUAAUCCAGAUGUGCUAUGCAAUACACGAAUUAAAUUUGGUGCUUUCAUGGAUGCUGUGAAUGGUAUGGGAUUUGAUUAUAUUGCUUCUGGGCAUUAUGCCAGUGUCGUUCACCCAUCUUCAGAUGAAAUGAAUAAGCCUUCUGUUCUGGAGCUGUCAAAAGACAUGGUGAAGGAUCAAACUUAUUUCCUUUCGCAUUUGUCACAAGCUCAACUAAAGCGCCUGAUUUUCCCACUAGGCUGCAUUCCAAAGAUCAAAUUUAGUGAGUUCGUUGCGAGACAGAUCGGGGAGAGAGAAGGUAUCAUACUAGAAGCUGAGACCGGCGAUUUCCUUGGUAUGCAUAGAGGAUUUUGGUUCUACACAAUUGGUCAACGACAGGGUCUUCGACUUCCUGGUGGUCCCUGGUAUGUUGUUGAGAAGGAUGUGAAUAACAAUGUAGUGUUUGUCUCAAGAAACUACUUCUCCAUCGACAAGAACAGGCGAUCAUUUCAUGUUGGCUCUCUGAAAUGGCUUAGUGAUAGACCUCCUCAGGAAACAUGGCAGCUUCAGUGCAAGGUCCGGCAUGGACCAGGGUUCUACAAUUGCAAUGUGACUAUAGAGCAGAGUGAAGAUGAGGAAGUUGCAGUUGUCCAGUUGUCGGAAGAUGAUCAAGGUCUAGCUGCAGGGCAGUUUGCAGCCUUCUACAAUGGAAGAAUAUGUAUAGGCUCCGGCGUGAUAUUGGAAUCAUGGGAUGAUCAAGGGUUCCCUGUAUGUGAAAGGGCCAUGGAAAUAGCUAAACUAGAAGACAAAUCAAAGCUGGGGAAACCAGUUAAGAUAAAAGUGAAGCCAGAGAGUCCUUUGAAGGAGGAAUCUGUUCCAAAAGACGGGGCAGAAAUAGAACUUGUAGUUGGCAGCUAAGCAAAUAUCCAGCGCCAGAGUCUGAUAAAAUUCUGGUCAACAUAACAGAAACAGGUCUAUUGAAGAAUAUGGAAACUUUCGAUAUUGUUGCCCAAUGUCAAAAUGGCUUCAUGGGCUGAACCCGGCAACACACGUGUGCAUGUUCCAAUGUCAAAACAACGCAAUGGAUCUAUUCCUGUUACUAACAUCCAUCUUCUUGCCAAAAGUACCUUUGAAUAUAGAGCUUUAC